AUGGAACAUUCGUCCCCGUUGGCUGCCAUGCAGCCCCCCUCGGUGAUGUUCGGGCAUUGCUUUCGUGCUGAUGCACCGACAUCCUAUACUUCUUUCAGUCCGAUGCGUGGACUGGGCCACAAGAAUUUCAACUUCAAAGACUUGUCCAUGAAGAAAGGCCAUGGGGACUAUUUUAACGUGAAACCUGUCCGGGGCUCGUCUCCCACGGCUAGCCUCGCGGCGGAUCUGUCUCAAAAUUUUCACAUUGAUCAAAGUCCGCAGUUGACUACGCCCCGGCGGUCUUUGUUCACUGCGAGUCUGCUCGGGAAUAGUAACCGGUGUGAGUCUAUGACCACACCUCCACUACCCGCGUCCUCGCCUGCUCCCGCCAUGGAUAUCAUGGACAUGUCCCCGUUACCGCAUAAGCCAGCAUUUGGCCUUCUGAGCGAAGCCGAACUCGAGUCUCCCAGCCUGGAUUCUACAAUGGAUACUCCGAUGAUGUCUGCCGCCCCUAGCCCUCUCGAGGAAUCGCCCCUUGUCCAGCAAAAGGAUAGCCUGCAAGAGAGAAGACGUCCGACCUUCUUGCGGCCAAGUUUGGCCAGGAGCAAAGCCCAGACCUUUCAGCUGGGCAUGACUAAACCCGCCCCAGAAAGCCAGGCACCACCGUUCAAGUUCCAGAGCAAGGGAGGGAAAACAUCGCUGAGCGCAUCUGCAUCGCUGGAGGAUAUGUUCAACGAGUCACCACAGCGGGAACGGCCAUCAUUGAGUCGCCACUCCAGCGGAAUCCUUAUCAAUCCACGACUGAGACCCCAACUUGGAAGCAGUAACAGCCAUGUCCGCGGCAAUGGCUCGCCCACGGCGGCUUCGAUCCGCAAAAAUUCCCACCCGAUGAUGCGCCCUCGCAAACAGUGCCGACGCUCGCUGAGCAUGUUUGAGCACCCGGAGGAUAUUGUUGUCGAAAGAGAGGCUAACUAUACUACAAAUGCACCACUUCCGUCGGUCCCCGACAUUGAAGGAACCCCGAGCCUGCAGCUCCCUCACACCUUUUCUGAGGACCAGGCCGAUACACUGCCUCGCAUCGAUAAGAGUAUUCUCGUGGAGCUCCUGGAUGGCAAGUACAAUGAUCGUUUUGAUAACAUCAUGGUCGUCGACUGCCGCUUCGAGUAUGAGUACGAGGGCGGACACAUCAGCGGAGCCGUGAACUACAAUGACAAGGACUUUCUGGCCGCCGAACUCUUCUCAAGUCCGAAGCCACGGACAGCAUUAGUCUUCCAUUGUGAAUAUUCCGCCCAUCGGGCCCCGAUCAUGGCGAAGUAUAUCCGCCAUAAAGACCGUGCCUACAAUGUGGACCAUUACCCGCAACUCAGCUACCCCGAUAUGUACAUUCUGGAGGGUGGUUACAGCGCAUUCUUUGCCGAGCACCGGACAUUGUGCUAUCCGCAGAAUUAUGUUGAGAUGAGCGCCAAGGAACACGAGUUUGCCUGCGAGCGUGGCCUCGGGAAGGUCAAGCAGCGGUCCAAACUCAACCGAGCCCAGACGUUUGCCUUUGGUCAGCAUUCUCCUCAGAUGGAGGACAGUCCCACGGGAAGGUGUCGCAACAAUCCUGGUGACCGCAACCGGUUUCUCGGCUCCCCAUUUGCCGAGAGUCCGGCAUCUGGACGAUUCUCUGGCCGGCGUAUGCUUUCGUACUAA